GCAAGUGUUCGUUAUACUGUAUCUUUAAACUGAACUGUUUAAUUGUUUUUCAAUGAGCAUCGAUAUAGUAUAAUUUUUUUUGCACAAAUGUACAGAAAACAUUAAUCAAUUGAUACAGUCGACGCUGGCUUUUUAAAUUGGAUAAUUCAAUUACAAAAAAACUGCUAUGGGCUCCAUUCGUUGAAUCAGGUGGUACAGGUGUGAGAAGAGAAGGUGGAAAUGGAACUGCCAAAUCAUGCCAGACAAAUGCUGCUGCAGCUAAAUCAGCAGCGAGCGAAAGGGUUUCUCUGUGAUGUCAUCAUAGUGGUGGAGAAUGCUCUCUUCCGAGCCCACAAGAACAUCUUGGCAGCCAGCAGCAUCUACUUCAAAUCCCUUGUGCUUCACGACAACCUGAUCAACCUGGACACAGACAUGGUCAACCCCUCUGUGUUCCGGCAGAUUCUGGAUUUCAUUUACACUGGCAAGCUGUUAUCAGCAGACCAGGCUAGUGAAAACAACUUCAAUGCCCUCCUCACUGCAGCGAGCUACCUCCAACUUCACGACCUGUCCGCUCUGUGCAGGAGAAAGUUGAAGCGCAAUGGGAAACCCUUACCCACCAAGGCUACAACCCCAAAUACAGGGAGGCCCCUCCGGAACCAGAGGCUCUCCUCCACACCAGUCAUUCAGAACCGCUAUUCCGGGUCAAAAGAAAGUGGGAAGAAACAGCAGCUUGUCGAAGAUCUCUUGAAGGACAAAUUAUCCGAUGACGAACUCUACGUUGGCGGCUCCAACCGGGAAGGCUCCCUAAAUCUAGGAGAUGGGAAAAAUGGAAGCAAUGGUAACCUCUGCAGCGAUCAGGAGCUUGGUCUUGACCUGUCCAAAAAGAGCCCUUCAGCCUCCACUACUCAGGAUGAGGUGAGCCCCAAUGAAAACCACCAGGAAUCCCCCCAGUCCGCCACAGCAUCAACCGCCAACAGUGCCUCUUUUGAAGACUCCACCACAAACCCUCGAAGCCUCGAAGGGGGGGAGCCAAUGGAAAUUGGAGUGGGCGAGGAGAACCAGUCCCUGCCGGACACAGGGCAGCGCAAAAACUCGCGCCACGCAGCCCGCAAGAAAGAGUGGCCCAAGAAAGAGAAUGCGCUGGACAGUGGGAAAGGCGACGAGGAAGCAACCGUGCCCAACGGCGUCAUCGUCGGCCCCAGCGGCGGUUACAACUCGGAGCACUCCUUCAAGUGCAAAGUGGAGGACGUGGAGAACGGGAAGGAGAACAGCGAGGAGAGCGGGCACAGCGAGAGCGAGAGCGGGCAGACCAGCGCCAACUACGUGUACCGGCAAGAGGGCUUCGAGCCCGUCGCGUACGGGGACAACCUGUACGUGUGCAUCCCGUGCGGGAAGGGGUUCCCCAGCUCGGAGCAGCUGAACUCUCACGUCGAGACGCACACGGAGGAAGAACUGUACAUCAAAGAGGAAGGCGCCUACAUCAAGGAGGAAGCGGAAGACCUGUCCACCCAGAGCUCGGCGUUCGGCAGCGAGUCAAGACCGUUCAAGUGUUCGGUGUGCGAGAAGAGCUACAAGGAUCCGGCCACUCUGAGGCAGCACGAGAAGACCCACUGGCUGACCCGGCCUUUCCCCUGCAACAUCUGCGGGAAAAUGUUUACCCAGCGGGGCACCAUGACGCGCCACAUGAGGAGCCACCUGGGCCUGAAGCCCUUUGCGUGUGAGGAAUGCGGGAUGCGCUUCACCAGGCAGUACCGCCUGACCGAGCACAUGCGAGUCCACUCAGGUGAAAAACCGUAUGAAUGUCAGCUUUGUGGUGGGAAAUUCACCCAGCAGCGCAACCUGAUCAGCCACCUGCGAAUGCACACCUCCCCAACAUAAGCCAAAGACUUUGAUUAAACAAAGUAACAAACCAACAGACACAAAACUGAAUUUCUAGAGAAUGUGCUUCUCUGAUAUCUGCAGUGGGGAAACUAAGAAGCCUCUGAAGGGUUCUUUCGAAGGUCCCCCACUUUGAUAAAUAACCACGUUUUUGUUCCAUGCCUGCCGUGAGAGCUGCUGUUUUCUGAAAUCGAGUCGAGGCCGCUUUGGAAGGAGGUCAUGGAUUGAAUGUUGGGGGUUUAAUUCUGUGGUCCUGCUUCACACAAUAACUUUGGUAUUGAGGUCCUUUUGGUGCUAUCCUUGGUCUGAUUCUUAGAAAUGGGUCUUAAUUCAAGAUAAAAUCAGAUGGUUCACAAUUGCUAGGAACAAAACUAAAUUGGUCUAAAAUGGGCUACAUUGUUUCUAAGCGUAAGACUGAAAUCAAGUCCUAAUCUUUGUCCUGGGUUUGUUUACUACAAAAGGCGUAGCAGGUGGAGGUAGGGGGAAGAUGGAGGCUUGGUUGUGAUUUCAGAAAACAAAGAAAUGUCUUUCACCUUGCCCGUGCUUCAUACAGGGGGUUUGUCCUUGAACAGAAUUUCUGUUUGCGAGCUGGGGGUCUUUAGUUUCUUGUAGUUCAUAGGGGUAUUUCCUUCUAAACCUAGAGGUACUUGUUUUAUUAAGAACGUGUUGUAAUGUUUAUGUGAAUGUUUAAACUGGAUGGU